CAUGAUUUCAUUCACUAUCUUGUUAUAAAAAAUAAAAAGAAAAAUUAGGAAAAAGAGAAAAGAGAAAAUAGGCAGCUUCAAGAACCAGGACCCGACUAUAGCCCGGCCUUCAGUUGGAGUUUUAGUUUGGAACUGCGAAUUUUUCCACAGGAACAGUUGCAUUAUCAUUCUAGCCUUUUCUUCAACGCCGUUUCGACUGCGUAACUUGCCAGACAUGAAACACGUUCACAUUGCCAAGCGUCGGCGGCUUGACGAAAAUGUUGAGCCGUGCAUACGAGACACAGUCAAGAACAGCACCAUGUCCAUAUCGUCCUUGAUCGACCAGAAACCCCAUCAUCACAAUAUCCCACCACCAACGGAGCAUUCGAACUCAUGCGGCUCAGCGCUUCAUACACCUCAACCAACUCAAAAUUUAGCGUCAAGCGAUUCCCCAGCGCCUUUUGGUCUUCUUGAGCAGUCAGGCAGCCAGGUGGCUCAGGCUUCUGAAACGAAAUGUGCUGUUCCUGCACGCCAUUCUAGGCCAUGGGAAAUCUCCAACUCACACAAUUCCUCUCCAGCGCCUAAUUCGUAUACGACUGUCCCAUCGCCAAAUCCAGACUUCUCUUCAGAUGAUGACUUCCUGUCCCUUGAAGAUGAAGGCCAAGAUCCGAAUACACACACCGUAUCACAAGCGAAUACUGAGCAAGGUGUGAUGGUUUGCUUUGGCAUGGUGAGUUAGUAUGAACGACCCUUAUAGAAAUCCCUCUAAGAUGAUCCAUGC